GAUGUCGUAAACAAUUAGAAAUUCAGAUGAAUGCUAACUUACUUUUGAACUUGUUGAAAAUGUAUGCUAUAAUUUAAAUCAAGAUAAUUAACUAUUAUUAGAAAAUCAAUCCUCAAGAUGAUAAGAAAGAAAUCAACAGCUAAUUUUAUAAAGUCGAAGAGGCCGCUGUUUGUUUCAAAGUGAUAUGUCAUUAUAUGGAUUAAUUGACAAUUGAACAUGAGGAAUUAUUAAAUUAAUAUUAAAAUUUAGAAUAACAAUUAAUUUAAAAAGAAGCUGAAACCAGAAGACAUAUAUAGAUUGAAUAGCAAUUAAAACUCUAUGCUGAAAGUUUAUUAGAGAAUUCUGAAGAAUGUUAAAAAUAGAUGGACAGUUUAAAUUCUUAAAUUAUAGUACAUAUAUUAAAUAUAAGUCAAUCUAAAAAGAAAAUAUUAGCCUAAAAUAAUAAUUGAGAGCAUAUAAAAAUGACAGAGUGUAAACAGAUACUAGUUAGGAGAGACUGAUAACUUUGAUUUCUCAAUAGAAAUCCUUAAUUAAUGAAAUUUCAUUCAAAAACUCCAAAAAAAGAUCUUUAGAAUCAUAAAAGUAUAAAUUUAUUAAUGUUUUAGAUUUAGAAUAUCAUAAACUCAAAAUAAUGAUAGAAUGUAAAUGAUUUGUAAUAUAUAUUAAAAAAAACCAUCUCUGCAACUUAAACAAAGAUCAAACACUAUUCAUGUAACAGAUUUUCCAUCAAAAUUUUAAAAGUUAUAGAAAUAAAGGACUAACAUUUGA